AUGGAAGUGAAAGUUAAACCUACGAUGGAAGUGAAAGUUAAACUUACAAUGGAAGUGGAAGUUAAACCUACAAUGGAAGUGAAAGUUAAACCUACAAUAGAAGUGAAAGUUAAACCUACAAUGGAAGUGAAAGUUAAACCUACAAUGGAAGUAAAAGUUAAACCUACAAUGGAAGUGAAAGUUAAACCUACAAUGGAAGUGAAAGUUAAACCUACAAUGGAAGUGAAAGUUAAACCUACAAUGGAAGUGAAAGUUAAACCUACAAUGGAAGCAAAAGUUAAACCUACAAUGGAAGUGAAAGUUAAACCUACAAUGGAAGUGAAAGUUAAACCUACAAUGGAAGUGAAAGUUAAACCUACAAUGGAAGUGAAAGUUAAACCUACAAUGGAAGUGAAAGUUAAACCUACAAUGGAAGUGAAAGUUAAACCUACAAUGGAAGUGAAAGUUAAACCUACUAUGGAAGUGAAAGUUAAACCUACGAUGGAAGUGAAAGUUAAACCUACGAUGGAAGUGAAAGUUAAACCUACAAUGGAAGUGGAAGUUAAACCUACAAUGGAAGUGAAAGUUAAACCUACAAUAGAAGUGAAAGUUAAACCUACAAAGGAAGUGGAAGUUAAACCUACAAUGGAAGUGAAAGUUAAACCUACAAUAGAAGUGAAAGUUAAACCUACAAUGGAAGUGAAAGUUAAACCUACAAUGGAAGUGAAAGUUAAACCUGCAGUGGAAGUGAAAGUUAAACCUGCAGUAGAAGUGAAUGUAUUAAAAAGAUGUUAA